ACAGCUCAACAAGUGGUAACUUUUACUCAUCUCCUCCAAUUAUUUCUGAUUUCAUGCAUGUUUCCCUACAUUCUAUUAUGAAUCGUGUUAUGGUGUAUAAACGUUGUUUCAUAUCUCAUCUCAUCUAUUCUGAUUUUGAUUCUCUUGCCUACUGUAAUCGACCACACAUCACAUGGCAAGCAUCACAGCUUCACACCACUUUGUGUCAAGAAGCCAAACUUCACUAGACACCAAAUCAACCUUGUCACAGAUAGGACUCAGGAACCAUACUCUGACUCACAAUGGUUUAAGGGCUGUUAACAAGCUUGAUGGGCUCCAAUCAAGAACUAAUACUAAGGUAACACCCAAGAUGGCAUCCAGAACUGAGACCAAGAGACCUGGAUGCUCAGCUACCAUUGUUUGUGGAAAGGGAAUGAACUUGAUCUUUGUGGGUACUGAGGUUGGUCCUUGGAGCAAAACUGGUGGACUAGGUGAUGUUCUUGGUGGACUACCACCAGCCCUUGCAGUAAGUCUUUCAUUUGGUUACCUACUCAUUCAUUACUUAUUUUGUUUAGUUAGUUUCUACUGCAUCAGUCUUUUUAUCAUUUAGGCCCGCGGACAUCGGGUAAUGACAAUAUCCCCCCGUUAUGACCAAUACAAAGAUGCUUGGGAUACUAGCGUAGCGGUUGAGGUCAAAGUUGGAGACAGCAUUGAAAUUGUUCGUUUCUUUCACUGCUAUAAACGUGGGGUUGAUCGUGUUUUUGUUGACCACCCAAUGUUCUUGGAGAAAGUUUGGGGCAAAACUGGUUCAAAAAUCUAUGGCCCCAAAGCUGGACUAGAUUAUCUGGACAAUGAACUUAGGUUCAGCUUGUUGUGUCAAGCAGCCCUAGAGGCACCUAAAGUUUUGAAUUUGAACAGUAGCAACUACUUCUCAGGACCAUAUGGAGAGGAUGUUCUCUUCAUUGCCAAUGAUUGGCACACAGCUCUCAUUCCUUGCUACUUGAAGUCAAUGUACCAGUCCAGAGGAAUCUAUUUGAAUGCCAAGGUCGCUUUCUGCAUCCAUAACAUUGCCUACCAAGGCCGAUUUUCUUUCUCUGACUUCCCUCUUCUCAAUCUUCCUGAUGAAUUCAGGGGUUCUUUUGAUUUCAUUGAUGGAUAUGAGAAGCCUGUUAAGGGUAGGAAAAUCAACUGGAUGAAGGCUGGGAUAUUAGAAUCACAUAGGGUGGUUACAGUGAGCCCAUACUAUGCCCAAGAACUUGUCUCUGCUGUUGACAAGGGUGUUGAAUUGGACAGUGUCCUUCGUAAGACUUGCAUAACUGGGAUUGUGAAUGGCAUGGAUACACAAGAGUGGAACCCAGCGACUGACAAAUACACAGAUGUCAAAUACGAUAUAACCACUGUCAUGGACGCAAAACCUUUACUAAAGGAGGCUCUUCAAGCAGCAGUUGGCUUGCCUGUUGACAAGAAGAUCCCUUUGAUUGGCUUCAUCGGCAGACUUGAGGAGCAGAAAGGUUCAGAUAUUCUUGUUGCUGCAAUUCACAAGUUCAUCGGAUUGGAUGUUCAAAUUGUAGUCCUUGGAACUGGCAAAAAGGAGUUUGAGCAGGAGAUUGAACAGCUCGAAGUGUUGUACCCUAACAAAGCUAAAGGAGUGGCAAAAUUCAAUGUCCCUUUGGCUCACAUGAUCACUGCUGGUGCUGAUUUUAUGUUGGUUCCAAGCAGAUUUGAACCUUGUGGUCUCAUUCAGUUACAUGCUAUGCGAUAUGGAACAGUGCCAAUCUGUGCAUCGACUGGUGGACUUGUUGACACUGUGAAAGAAGGCUAUACUGGAUUCCAUAUGGGAGCCUUCAAUGUUGAAUGCGAUGUUGUUGACCCAGCUGAUGUGCUUAAGAUAGUAACAACAGUUGCUAGAGCUCUUGCAGUCUAUGGCACCCUCGCAUUUGCUGAGAUGAUAAAAAAUUGCAUGUCAGAGGAACUCUCCUGGAAGGAACCUGCCAAGAAAUGGGAGACAUUGCUAUUGGGCUUAGGAGCUUCUGGCAGUGAACCCGGUGUUGAAGGGGAAGAAAUCGCUCCACUUGCCAAGGAAAAUGUAGCCACUCCCUAAAUGAGCUUUGGUUAUCCUUGUUUCAACAAUAAGAUCAUUAAGCAAACGUAUUUACUAGCGAACUAUGUAGAACCCUAUUAUGGGGUCUCAAUCAUCUACAAAAUGAUUGGUUUUUGCUGGGGAGCAGCAGCAUAUUAGGCUGUAAAAUCCUGGUUAAUGAUUUUGUAGGUAAGGGCUAUUUAAGGUUGUGUGGAUCAAAGUCAAUAGAAAAUAGUUAUUACUAACGUUUGCAACUAAAUACUUAGUAAUGUAGCAUAAAUAAUACUAGUAGCUAAUAUAUAUGCGUGAAUUUGUUGUACCUUUUCUUGCAUAAUUAUUUGCAGUACAUAUAUAAUGAAAAUUACCCAAGGAAUCAA